CUGAACCGCCGGCCCAAAAAGGCCCAGCACUGACGCAAAUUCAUUUUCUUGUUCCUGAGGAUUGACGCUUGGAACAUUUCUUCCUUUUCUGGAUUAAAACGCCGCGGCCCGCUAAGCAAAGAAGCAAAAAAAUAUAGAUUUCUCCGUGCAUCCAUUGACUCAAGAUCAGACGCAGGGACAAACGCUGCAAAGACACACACACGCACGCGGGCAAAAGCUUAGGCCCGCCGCGUCCCCAGCGAUUGGAAAUCACAGAGGCCCGACGUUGGGCAUAAAAUUUACUAGGGGGGGAGGGACAAAAAAACAACAAAAACAAAAAAACAACCUGCCGCAAAACUAAACAACAGCCCGCCCCGUGCGAAAAGAAGCACCCCUCGGCUCAUUUUACCGAAGAGAAAGACGUGUCGGUUUUGAACGAACAAACGGCCGAUUCGAAGCCGACAAUAAAAUAGAAAAAAAAAAAAAGGAAGCGAUUCAGAGACACACCGCAAACGCGAAUCCCGCAUGGGCGAACCACGGAAGCUUUUGCAGCGAACUGCAUCGCGAACCACCUUUGUGCUGGGGGGAUCUUGCAGCCACAUAACAACUGCUGCUGCCCUUCAACGUGGCGCCCCGUUCCAGUAAACCCGCCCUCCGAACGUCUGCACCGCUUGUAGAGACCCUUGUCCCGGACCGGCGGACACAUCACCGUUUCGCUGCUCCUACGAUCGACGACAUACCGCACUACAUCUUUGGGCCAAAAGCCUCCCGUGAGGAGCUGACCCGGUUUUGUCGGGUGCAAGCAUGACACCCCCGGGAGGCUUUGCCGAGCGGGCGUACAGCGGCAGCAAUGGCAAGGUGGUGGCCAGCAGCAGCGUCAAUAACAGCGGCGGUAGCAGGACUCCGGCAACGCCCAGGAAGAAUUCUACGGCCAAUUUGGCAAGGGAGAAGGCUCUUCAGGACCCGGGACUGAGGGAUUACCGUCUCGGAGACUGCAUCGGCAAGGGCGCAUUCGGUUCCGUCUACAAGGCCUUCAAUUGGGGCACCGGGGAGGCGGUUGCCGUCAAGCAGAUCAAGCUGGUAGAUGUGCCGAGGAGUGAACUGCGGAUGAUCGAGGCCGAAAUCGAUCUCCUCAAGAACCUACAUCAUGACAAUAUUGUCAAGUAUAUCGGCUUUGUGAAGACAUCGGACUGCCUGAACAUCAUCCUAGAGUACUGUGAAAAUGGAUCGUUGCAUUCCAUCUGCAAAGCCUAUGGAAAAUUUCCAGAAAAUCUUGUGGGAGUAUACAUGACGCAGGUCCUCCAGGGUUUGCAGUACCUCCAUGACCAGGGUGUUAUACACCGCGAUAUUAAGGGGGCCAACAUUCUUACUACCAAAGAUGGCAAAGUCAAACUGGCCGACUUUGGUGUGUCAACGAGCACUCUUGCAGGACCUGACAAGGAGGCUCAGGUUGUCGGCACCCCUUACUGGAUGGCUCCGGAAAUCAUUCAACUCUCCGGUGCAACUUCGGCCUCCGACAUCUGGAGCGUGGGGUGUACAGUGAUUGAGUUGCUGCAGGGGAAGCCCCCAUAUCAUAACCUCGCACCCAUGCCCGCAUUGUUUGCUAUUGUCAAUGAUGAUCACCCUCCACUGCCCGAAGGAGUGUCUCCUGCUGCGCGUGACUUCCUGAUGCAAUGCUUCCAGAAGGAUCCCAAUUUGAGAGUGUCGGCAAAGAAGCUGCAGAGACACCCCUGGAUUGUUGGCUCCAGGAGAAGCGAUGCGCCUGUAUCAAAAGCCCCGUCCAAUUUUAGCGAAGCUGUCGAGGAGGUCAAGCAGUGGAACAAGGCGUUAAAAUCUUCAGAACAUGGCCUAAGGGUCUCUAUCGGCCCCGACGGUGCACAUCACCCGGGAAGCAACGGUAUCAAGAGCACAGCCGCGGAUGGUCACCGGUUGAACGUGAUCACGAACAUCAAGGGCCCUCUGACGCUAGCCAAGCCAAGGCCUAUGGCUGAUGCUUUCAGGUCUCCUGAAAUACCUGACAAUGAUAAUUGGGACAACGAUUUUGCAACAGCAAUCUCACCAAGCGCACUGCAUUUACCACACCUCAAACCUCAGGACAACUUUGGGGGCCUGUUGUCAUCUGAUAGACUUAAGGCUUUUGCCUCUAUCGACGACAGCAGGAACCUUUCGGCCGAUUGGGACGAUGACUUGGGGGGAAGUGAACAGCUCGUGACCAUCAAGGCACCUCGAGCGCAGCUCUCUGAUCCUGAUAUGCAACAAACAAUCCGGCCCACUCCACGAAAGAAUGAUCACUCGGAAAAACGUGAGAAGAAGGCAGCGGUCCCUGACUUCAAACUGCAACAGACAAGCAAGACGAAGCAGAGCCGAACCUCAGCAAAGUCCCCAACAAAACCGCACUUUCCAGCAAAAUUCACCAUACCACCGCGGCCCGAGUCCAUGUUUCGAGAGCAUUCUGUCGAGGACUAUUCAGACAUUCUGGAGGACAACGAUCACGUAUUUGCCGAAAAGAUGGGUCUGGUGCCAAAAGACAGCCCGCAGCUCUUCCAUCCCUCAGAUCUGACCAGCUUGCCUCGGUCCAUGCAACCUCCUAGUGGCGGCAGCAUGCGGCGAGCUGCCCAGCCGAGACCUUCAGUUCUUCCAGACAGGAAUAUGCGGAGGACGCGGUCGUCAAUCGAGAUACAACGAUUCGCCGAGAACGAGAGUGAUGAGGACUUUUCGGAUAUCUUUGGUCCAAGCGAUACGCUGACCGAGAGGGAUGAAAGCGACCGCGGCUCCGAGGACGGCGGGACGGGCGGUGGCAGGAUGAUCCUGUCCAAGUUGUCCAACAACUCAUGGCUGGGAGAUGACGAGGAUGAGGAUGAUCCUUUUGCACUGUUAGAUCCUGGAUGGGACGAAAUGGACCUCGAAGCCAAUAUUGCCAGAGAUCGCCAUGCGAGACUAUCACACAAGGUAGAGGAGCUCGUGCGUUCCUUGAAGACGACGGAGGGAGAGGACACCCUACUAGUGGUGUCUGAAGAGUUGUUGAGUCUUCUUUGGGAGAACGGUGAAGUCAAAGAUCUCAUCAUCAGCGCUCAUGGUCUUUUACCUAUUCUUGAAAUCCUUGAGCCCUGUACGGUCAAGAGCCGACAGCACAUGAUCUUGCAACUGCUCAAAAUAGUCAACGCGAUUAUCCUUGACGAUGUUGAGCUGCAAGAAAAUCUUUGCUUCGUAGGAGGCAUCCCUAUCAUCACAAAGUUUGCGGCCAGGCAGUACUCCAACGAGAUACGGCUAGAAGCUGCGGCUUUCGUCAGGCAGAUGUAUCAAACCUCAACCCUGACGCUACAGAUGUUCGUCAGCGCCGGUGGUCUGAACGUCCUUGUUGAGUUCCUCGAUGAGGACUACGACGCAUCAAGGGACCUGGUUCUCAUUGGUGUCAACGGCAUCUGGAACGUGUUUGAGCUUCAGGGUCCCACGCCCAAGAACGACUUUUGUAGAAUAUUUUCUCGCAGCAAGAUCCUGGACCCGCUCGCUCUCGUCCUUCACAAGGUAUUGGAUGAAGAUGACAAGAGCGAGCUUACUGAGCUUGUCGAGGGCCGCAUUGUCAACAUUUUCUACCUGUUUUCACAGGCAGAAAACUAUGUCAAGGAGGUCGUCGCUGAGAGACAGGUCUUAAAGACUGUGCUCAGAGACCUCCGCCGCAUGUCACCGAUACAUCAAAUCACCAUGCUGAAGUUUAUCAAGAACCUUUCCAUGCUAUCACUAACCCUAGAAUCGCUCCAUUCGGCCGAUGCAAUAGAUUUCCUCAUCGAACUAUUGAGCUACAGCAUGAAGAAGGGUCACAAGCACUUCCGAGAGAUAUCCAAUCAGGUGCUGAAUACCAUGUUCAACCUCUGCAGGCUGAGCAAAGAAAGACAGGAGUAUGCCGCUGUGAAUGGCAUAAUACCACUCCUGCUGAAAAUCAUGCAAACAGACAGGCCGCCCAAAGAAUUCGCUCUGCCAAUCCUUUGCGAUAUGGCUCACUCUGGAAGCAAAGGGCGGCGGUAUCUCUGGCAGAACAAGGGCCUGGACUUUUACGUUUCGUUGAUCGCGGAUCAGUACUGGCAGGUCAGCGCUCUCGACUCCAUAUCCGUCUGGUUGCAGGAGGAAACUGCCAAGGUGGAGACUCACCUAUUGGAUGGCAAGUUCACUGCGGCAAUCACAUCCUGUUUCAACACCAUCAAAACCAAUGCUUUUGACUCUGGCGUCUUGGAGCCGCUGAUCAAGAUACUACGACUGUCACCGUCACUGGCGGCGUCGUUGGCCAAGUCGGAAAUGUAUUCGGGCCUUGCCCAGAAGCUUGGCCACAAGAAGGCUCAAGUGAGGCUUAACUUACUUCGUCUGGUGCGUAACAUCAUGGACGCGUGCGUAUCUGAAAGCGGCGGUAGCAGCAUGUCAACGGCGAGCAGCGGACGCCAGCUCCGCGCUCUAUUCGAGCAAAUCAGGGUGCUUGCUGACAAGGACCCGGCGGUGCUGGUGCGCAACCUGGCCUCGGAACUUCUGCGCUCCCAUUUGGAUCCCGAUGGCGUCACAAAUCCCAUCGGAUUGACUACAUCAACUUCUGCGGUCGGCAACGGAACUAAUCCCCUUUCGUCUGCUGUGCCACCAUCAUCAAGCGGAGCGCCAUCUUCGCGGUCUAGAUCCGGACCUAGGCGCACAAGCUCGUACACUCCACCUGGGCUAUCCUCUUCGGCAUCCGCGCCGCCACAGACGCCUACACAUCAUCAACGCCCCUCGCAACCAAGUAUUUACACCGAGGUGGCCGUGACGGCGACGCCGCGGCGGUCGGCAGCCAUAGCACAGGAGCGAGACAGCGGUGGUGUCUUUCGUCCGCGUAGCCGCGACGGAACCGGGUCUUCGGGCUCCUCAUCCUCGAUACCGAGACGUGUCAGUGGCGAAGGGGGUGCCAUACUUCUCGGUGGCAAGAACGGCGUCAGCAGCAGACUGCCGCGCACAUCUAGCGCAUAUGGCAGACAAAGCAUAUCAAUGGCGCCAGGACGUUCGGAAAGCUCUUCUUCAAACAAGGAAAACACAAACAUUGUACAAAUGGGGGGUGGUGGGGAUAGCAGGUAUCACACACCAACCACGGCCAACUUUGAUCAGCAUGACGUGGAAUGGGAACGGGAGAGGGACAGGCAAAGGGGGGAUAGGGCUGAGAGGGUUGCGGCCCAACAACACAAACGGAGGAGCCGCAUGACGGCCAGUUCUUCGGACAUCAGACAUGGGGCACCGUCUCGAUGAAGGAUCAAUGAACGUUCGAACACGAUGGAUUCAUUGACAUGGUAUGAGAAAUCAUACCGUCUUUUUUUCUUUUCUUAGUGUGUGUAUAAGCAGCGUGACGGGGGGUCAAAUACAACGGGGAGCAUGACUAGGUACUUAUGACGCAUUGCAUAGUUCAGCGAGACUUGAAAACAUAUGUUGUUAACAUAGCAGUGGC